ACGAUGGCCUGAAGCUUAAAAACUGGGCAACGGCAGUGGGUGAGGGGUCCAGUCCGCAGGACAGCGGGAGAACGGAGCCACAGGGAGGGCUGGGGGCAGUCGUGGAAGCAGAUGAUAAGGGCCCGUGUCCAAGAGGGAGGCAGUUCCAGGGCAGCAGGCGUCCCUAUCGGACGGGCCUUUCCUCCCCGUUCCCGAGCCCUUCCUGCCCCGGGCAGCCCCUCCCUGGAGCUGAAGAGCGAAGGACGCAGUCGCACCCAGCAAGCAGCCUGUCGGAGGUCUCCGCGCCUGCCCGCCAUGUCUCUCCUGCCUCUCCUGCUGCUGCUGCUGCGGCCGCCCCCCGCACACCCCAACGCCAUCUGCGAGUUCUCCAACGUGACCAGCCAGCUGGAAGUGAACUGCGACAAGCUGGGGCUCAAGGCGCCGCCUUCGGACCUGCCGGCCGCCACGGCCAUCCUGCACCUGAGCGACAACCCCCUGGGCGCCUUCUCCACGGCCUCGCUGGCGUCGCUGGCCCGGCUCGCGCAGCUGCACCUGAGCCGGAGCCAGCUGAGCCAGCUGCAGGCCGACGGGCCGCUGCCCGCGCUCGAGACCCUGGACGUGUCCCACAACGCGCUGCGCAGCCUGCCCCCGCUGGGGGGAGCGCUGCCGGCCCUCGUCACCCUCGACGCGUCCUUCAACGAGCUCACCUCGCUGUCCCCCAGCGCCCUGGACGGCCUCAGCCGCCUCCACGAGCUCUUCCUGCGCGGCAAUAAGCUGAAGAGUUUGUUGCCGGCGCUGCUGGGGCCCGUCCGCCAGCUGAGGAAGCUCGACCUGGCAGACAACAGGCUGAAGGAGCUGCCCCCGGGCCUCCUGGACGGGCUGGACCAGCUGGACACCCUCUAUCU